UUUUUUUUUUUUUGAACGUGUUCCUUUUUUUAUAUAUUCAAAAACAUAAUGCAAAGAAAGAAGAGUAAAGUCGUCAACCGUUUUGCAGCAGCAGCAGAAGCAAGUAAAGGUCGUGUCUACAGUGACACUGGCAAAGACUACAAUUUAAAAAAAGAUUAUCCAUUUCGUCUCAACUUUUAUUUGAAACCGCCUCUCAUGGAAAUCACGCUCGAAGAAUUCGAAGUCUUUGCCCUUGACAGACUCCAAGUUUUAAGAGCCAUCGAUACAGCUUCAUUACGUAACAGAGAUAUUGCACAAGAAGCCCAGAAAGCGAUCGAUACUUUUUUACCCCUCAAGUCCAACCUUUCGAAAUCAGACUCAUUGUACGAAGAAAGACGUAAAGAUCAUAUUAGUCAUUACGUGUUGCGCAUGGCCUAUUGCAGAAGCGACGAAUUGCAAGAAUGGUUUAUCAAGCAAGAAUGUGAAUUAUUCAAGUAUCGAUUUGACCAAGAGCCAAUUUCCGAAAAGAAAAAGUUUUUAGAAGACCUGAAUCUGAAUUGGAAAAUGUUAACAACCGAGGAAAAGGAAUCGAUGCGACGAGAACUAGAGCUUUGCUCGCGGCCAAAAAAUUUGUCGAUUGGGAUACACGAUUAUAUCACUAAUGAGACAUUUUUUGAAGUGGAUUUCGAUAAGGUACCACAAAUGGUAGGUCGUCGUGGUGUCUACAUCAAAAAAGGUAAAGCCUAUGUGCCCAUGUCUGAACAGGUGAAUAUCGUCAUGCUGGAAUACAAGUCGUACCUGAAACGCGGCUUAGAAUCUAUCAGCAAAAUAUUGCCUCGCCUGGAAGAAGAUGAUCGUCUUCGCCCCAUCUUGCAAAAUGUUGAGAAACAGUAUGUUGGUCUCAGUUACAACGAUCCCUCAGCAGCAGCAGGCACCGUCACAGCUUCUCAGGUCGACAGCCUGGUGCAGCGUUAUGCUCCCUUAUGUAUGCGUAGUUUGUGUGACAGUUUAAAACUCGAUCAUCAUUUAAAACAUGAUGGAAGAUUGCAAUAUGGUUUAUUCAUCAAGGGAAUGGGUUUAUCUGUGGAUGAAGCUUUGAUGUAUUGGAAAAACGCCUUUUCGAAUAUUACACCUGAUAAAUUCCAAAAGGAUUAUGCAUAUAAUAUUCGAUACAAUUAUGGUCUGGAAGGAAAGCGUACCAAUUAUAGUCCGUAUAGUUGCUCCAAAAUUAUUGAUAACCCACCUUCUGCCACCCAGAAUCAUGGGUGCCCAUUUAUACAUUUCUCACCUUCAAACUUGGAAGCAAGAUUACUCCGGGAUAAUAUCGGUCGUACACAUGUGGACCAAAUCUUACAGCUUUCGCGUGACCGACAUUACCAAUUAGCCUGUACGAAGCACUUUGAAGUGGCACAUCCUCAGGACAAGACAAUGCGGGAUCCUAUCGAACAUCCUAAUCAGUAUUACGAAGCCAGUAAAAGUUUGGAUGAGGAACUGGUAGAAAAGACGGAACAAAUGGACGAGUCUAUGUAA